AUGAGUAAUGCUCAAGCGAAAUUAGAUCUAGCCCGUCACCCCUCUUUUUCGGGCUCCAAUGCAGACGCUACGGAUGAGGCCUCAAUUGCUUACAACCAACAGAUUGCUGAGGCCUGUGGCAUUAAUCUCGACAGUCGGAUGCUCGCCUUCUCGGCGGAACCCCCCUCGCUUGAUAAUAGCAACAGUCGGGACCCUUCGUCCGCUGUUCGCAAAAUCUACAGCCGCCAUCCAAGCUUCUCUCGUUCUUCUUCCAACCUCAAUUUACAACUCAAAAAGCGAACCAUCCUCACAAGCCCCGAUAGAGUUUUGGACGCACCUGGUCUCAUGGACGAUUAUUAUCUCAACCUAUUGGACUGGUCAUGCUCCAAUAUGAUUGCCAUCGCACUGGACAAAUCUGUCUUCGUCUGGGAUGCAGAGUCUGGUCAUGCGGAAUCCCUUUUGACACUGACAGGCAAUACUGACGCGGUUGCAUCCGUCUCAUGGGCGUACGACGGACUGUCUCUGGCUGUAGGCACAUUUAAAGGUGACACACAGAUCUGGGAUAUUGAGACAAAAACUAAGGUCCGGUCGAUGUCAGGACACGUAGCCAGAGUCGGUGUCUUAGCUUGGGAUAAACAUAUUCUGAGCUCAGGAUGCAGAGAUGGAUCCAUCUGGAACCAUGAUGUAAGGAUUCAGAACCACAAAGUCGCAGAACUCCUAUGCCAUACGAACGAGGUUUGUGGAUUAGCUUGGAGAAGUGAUGGAUCCCAGUUAGCCAGUGGGGGGAAUGACAAUUUGGUGAAUAUCUGGGAUGCUCGGAGCGUUGUACCAAAAUACACCAAGUCUAACCACACAGCCGCAGUCAAGGCCCUAGCAUGGUGUCCUUGGCAGAACAAUUUACUAGCAACUGGAGGAGGAACAUAUGAUAAGCAAAUUCACUUCUGGAAUUCAACUACGGGUGCUCGCGUCAAUACACUCAAUACAGGAUCACAGGUGACAUCCAUUGUGUGGUCAACCGAAUAUAAGGAGUUCAUGUCGUCUCAUGGAUACCCUGAUAAUAACCUGUCUAUAUAUGGAUAUCCAUCUAUGACUAAGAUCAUCGAUAUCCCAGCCCAUGAUUCCAGAAUCCUACACACAGCCUUGUCUCCAGAUGGACAAACGGUUGCUACCGUAGCCAGCGAUGAGAACCUGAAGUUUUGGAAGUUGUUUGAAAAGAAGGUCGCCAGCAAAAAAGAUGGUAGGGGCAAGCGAAGUGCAUCCUUUACGAGAUCAGGAUCAUUCUGUCGGUUAGGCGAGGAUGAUGACAAUGACCGAAUGGGUCCGCCUGGUGGUUCAAGCACCCCAGGUUCACAGGGAAUGACGAUCAAAGGGAAGAGUAUCUCGUCUAUGACCAGAAUUCGAUGA